AAAAUGGAAAUUAAAAAUUCUAUGCGUCAAUGGCGCUCACACAACGUUAAUAUAAUUAGUAAUGAAUUACCCAUCAUUGAAUUAAAUAAUAAAGGGGUGAUUUAUCCGUUCUUGGGGAAAGAUCACCCCUUCUCCAACUUUGCGUAUGCUAAAUUUAACUACGACAACUAUGAGUGGGGCUGCACUGAACAAGCAUAUGUAGCAGCCAAGGCAGCCUUUUUCAAUCGUGGGGAUAUUCUGAAUCAGGUGAAAGGGAUGACUCACAUGGAUGAGGUGAGUGAGUUAACAAAUAAGAGUAGAAAAAUUAUUGCCUCUAACGGGGCGCAAACAACGUUCAAAGGUGUUCACCCAAGAGAGUAUAAAUUUUUAGGAAAAGAAAUAGAAGGUAAUAAAAAACAAAGGGAGGAAUGGAAUGAAAAGAGUGAACAAAUACUCGAAGCAUUAGUAAUCCAAAAAUUCACACAAAAUAAACAUUUAGGGGAGUUAUUAAUUGGUACAAAAGAUAAUUGGAUAGUAGAAGCAAAUGGGAAUGACCCAAUUUGGGGUGUUGGGAAAUAUCAAAAUGAUCCGAGUCUUAAAGACUGGUCGCCAAACUCGAAGGAGUUUGGAUUGAAUAAAAUGGGAAAAAUACUAGUAAAGGUGCGUGAAAUUAUAAAAGGUAACAUUCAAUCUCAAGAGUGUCAAGAGGUAAUUCCUGAAGACCCAAGUGGAGUAAAUAAUAAUCAGUCAUCGCACGGUGACAAUACAACGUUUGUAAUAGAUACGGUAAUGGACCAGCAAAAAGAAAGGACAUCUAAUGAGUGGGCCACAUCGAGUUCGGGGUGGGAAAAUACUCCUAACAAAGAAACGGAAAAGAACACCCAGGAAGAGUCGGGAAUCAACCCAAAUGAUCUCCCAGAUGAAUGCAGGGUUACGGCUAGUCCUGACGCUGAUACAGGUGACCCCACGUUAAAGGAUAAAGGGGUACCGAAAUAUUUAAUCGCAAGGGCAGUCGAAGAUCGGGUAAUUGGUGCGAGGAUUUCUGGAGUAGGUCCGUUUUUCAUGGAAAUUCCAGACACUGUCUUUACAAACCCAAGUCGUAGGCUACAAAUGGGUGAUUUGGUAUUCGUUGAGGAGUGGGAAGUCAGAGAAGGGUUUGAAAAAUUGGGUAAGUUAGCAGUUGACUAUAUGCAGGAUUAUUCUGGAAGGUAUACGCCUUGGAUGACUUCUGGCUCAAUACAACACCAAGCGACGGCAACAAAAGCCGAAAUGGUACUUCUAAGACCUGGAAAUUGGGUAACAGGCAUAAUAGAAAAUAUUAAAAUGAAAAGGGGCAAACUCUUAUCGGCUGAGGUAAUGGCCCCAAACAUGUUAAGAAGCCAGCUAAUAAACACUAGACAAAUGACACAAAUUCGUCCCCAUCAAUUGAAAAAAGGAGGAAUUAUUGAAGUAGAAUUAGCCAAAGUAAUUAACCCGCAGGUGUGGAGAAUGGGGAACAACUAUAUAUUACCCGAAAAGACUCCGUUUAAAAGGGGAGAUGAAUAUUGGGCACAUCAGAACGAUGUUAUAAUUGGUUUGAGGCCCUCAAGAGUUCAAGAAAAAUACCCAAUAAUGCCAACACACACUAAAGACCAACAAGAAAAAACUAUGGCAGCAUUAGCCGCAGUUGCUGCGUGUCAUCGUAAUCGUGAGGACCAAGCUCUUAGAAAAUGUGCAGUAGUAACAACGCUUAACUGGUCCGCUGAAGAUCGUGCGCGAGAAAAAACUCUGGAAAACACUCUAGAGUUAUGGUUCUCAUACAGACCGAAUACCCUCGCAGACUUGGAAGCGUACACGAGUGCUUUUGAUGCGGACACUCCGUGUUUAAUAAAAGUAAAUGAUCCGGACUUGAAACCUUGUGCGAAAGGUGAAGUAAAAGAAAUCACAAAGGGUGUCAAUGCAGAAGGAUUUUGGUUUGAAGUACUACUCAGGGCACGUCAUGAGGAAGCCCAUAACUAUGAAAGUAGCUACGAACAUUGGGAAGGUAUCAUCGGUGAAGGUUGGGAAGUGCAGAUAACACCAAUCGCCAAUCUCAAAAGGCUCCAACGUAGGGAGGACGUUCUGUCUAGUGGGUUCCCAUUAUCAUUGGCCCACUCAGGUCACAUGGUUGCCCCAAUUUUACGUACUUUAAUAGGUAUUGAAGGUGACCCACCACUCCCAUGCACGUUUAAUCCUUUAGAAAAUGAUCACCCGGCAAUGAGAAGGCUAAAUCCACAACAACUUGAAACGGUAAAAUUAUUUCUGGAUGGGGAGACGCGCCUGCUUUACCAGCAGGCGCCUCCCGGAGCGGGCAAAACAUUAGUUUCAGGAGUCGCUAUAGCGGCAGCUAUCAGACGCCAUCCUGAUGCAGUUGUACUGGCAGUGGCCCCAAUUAAUGUUGCAGUGUGUGAGUUGGCCGAGGACACAACCAAGGCCAUGUCCGUAGCAGGUGAGGUUGUUCCAAUGCUUGCUUUAUUCUCUGGUAGUGGAAAGUUUAAAUACCAACAGAGAAUUGAACAGGUAGGUAGUCACUUAUUGGUUUGGAGAAUAAAGGAUGAGGACAUUAGGGAUCCAUUGAUGGCCCGAGCUGGGAAAAAGGUUGAAAGGUAUGAGCGUGAUGUGAAGGUUGCACCUAAAAUAGCCCAAGAGAGAACAGUGGCAUUUGAGUUAACCCAAAUCAAAAAGUUUAAGGUCAUAUUUAUGACACACUCUUUGGCAGAAGAACUCCAACUCUUUCUCGACGCCAGUCCUGAUAGUCCAGAUCCGAAGAAGGAGUGUGUCACAAUUUCCUAA